CUGGUAUGGUCAAUGUUAAUGUAUUACUACUUGGAUUGGUUUCAGUGCUUCAUUGUGGCCAUCCCAUUGGCCUAUUUUUGCUUGGAGAAACUGACCCGCCACAAGCUCAUGUUGGAUCAGAUGGCCGCCUUCGAGCUGCGCUGCGCCAGCUGCUCUCUGAACUCGGACCGGGAGGUGAUUGAACAGCAAAUCAUCGACCUCUUUGAUGAGGCCUUCGAACCGCCCGUGUCGGUGUUUUUUGAGACCAUCCACGAGGACGGGGGGUCCAACCAUGCGGGGGAGAACAAGGAGACUCUCGCGCCGGAGGAAGAGACGCUGUAUCCGCUGGUGUCCCGUGAGACGAUGCAGGUCAUUCGGCAUGUCACCAGCUAUCCGACACCGGACGAAGUCAUGGAGCAAUUCAAUGGCUACAUUCGGGGCUCCCUGCGUGAGAAAGUGCUAGGUUUGCUUGGGAGAGAGGUGGAUGUCUCCUUGAAACUCUGUCUGGUCAGUUGCAUGCCAGGGUUCCUCCUGUCUCUGACCUUCUUCUUGGGGUGCAAUGGACAUCAGGAUUGCGAGGCCUCUGCUUCAGCUUUGGGUUAUCCUUCUCUGCCCCAGUACAUGCUCAUUAACGCCUUGAUGGAUAUCAUCGUGUCGCCCACCUACGUGAUCAUCCUUCUCCCCUUGGCACUUCGGAUCGCCUACCAGGUGGCGGGCUUCUCAUGUUGGGCCACCUCAUUUUGGCUUCGCAUGCUUAGUUUGUCAAGCCUGACGGGCACGCUGAUCUUUGCGAUGAAUAUCUUUUUUGGUCUUUGGGCUGGGAGCUUUGUAGUGGUCAUUGUGAACUAUUCCUUCUCGUACCUCCUCUGGUUCCUGGCCAGUUCCUGCACGCUCUUCUCCUCGGUGUGGCUCCUGCACGCGGACCGGGCACGCGGAGUUGAGCGGGCGCGGCCCGUGGGUUUCCACGUGGAGGGCUCGCGCGCGGCUGGCGCAUGGUGAGUGAAGCCGUGUUUUGGAGGAGGAGAGGCUGAAGCCUCAAAGGCCUCCAGAGAAGGGAGCCUCUCUAGAGAGGCUCCCUUCCCGAUUGGAUGGUAAAACAUCUUCGUGUGGGGGGGGUUUACUCAUCAAGAGUCUGAUCAUGAGAAAUUCCAAGAGGUGCCAAAAGCUCUCGGCUGAAGCUGGAGGAACCCUUCUUACUCUGACCGAACAUGUUUGGCCUCCGAUCUGCAGUGUUUUUGGAUGAACAGGCAGGAUAUUGUGCAUAGUUGGAAGAUCAUGUAUGCAUGCAUAUGGCAUAGAUCCAGGAUGAUCCAGAUAUGGAUCUCCCCGUCCCCCCCCACCACACUCCCGCGCGCAGCGGGACCCGCUCCGCCGCCACAGCCGCCCGUCCUGUUGUUUUUAAUGGAUCCCCGUGGACUCAAGAAAGUGAUCUUGCUGUCUUAAAGUAGGGAG